CAUGAAAUCAAUAACUUGCUAGUAACAUAACAUUCAAUAACUGACUAUUUCUGAAACUCACUUAGAUAAUACCUUUGACAAUACAGCGGUAUCAAUACAUGGUGUCAACAUCUUCAGAGGAGACAGGAAUGCCAAUGGUGGAUGUAUUGCCGUGUGUGUUCAGUCAUAUUUCUGUAAAUCUUAGAGAGGAUUGUGUGUCAAAUGCUGUUGAAGUAAUAUGGCUUCAGGUUCACCUGCCUCACCUAAAGCCCAUUCUGGUGGGAAGCUGCUAUAGACCAAGUGCUAACAGUCAGUAUCUGGAUAUUAUGUGUGAAAUGCAUGAUUGAUGUGUGUGAUAUCAAGAGGUACUGUAUAUUUUCUUGGUGACCUAAAUAUUUACAGGCUUUCAUCAAGCUGCCCACUCAAGAAAAAGCUUCAAACUGUCGCCUGAACCAGGUUGCAGGCACUGGUUAUCAGUCAACCUACCAGGGUAUUUACAAACAGCACAGAAAUGAAAUCAUCCACAUGUAUUGAUCACAUCUUUACUAAUGCUGCUACUCUAUAGCAGUAUAAACAUCCAUCGGAUGUAGUGAUCUACGAUAUAGUAGCCAUAUCUAGGAAAACCAAUGUUCCAAAGGCUGGGUCUAUGAGGUCAUUUGAAAUAACUUUUGUAGUGAUUCCAAUGUUGAAAAUGUAAAGAAUAUUUUCUGGUCUGGGGUGUGAGGAGCAACCAGACGCUGCACUUGACAGAUUUAUGAAAUUGCUAUUUCAGGUUACUAAUAAUCAUGCACCCAUUUAAGAAAAUGAAUGUAAAAACGGUUAAAUCCCUGUGGAUUGAUGAGGAAUUGAACAAUUGUAUGGUUGAGGCAAAAGGAAUGUUAAAUAAGUCUGGCUGCACAGCUAUUUGGCAAACGUGACUAAACUGAACAAAAAGAAGAAACUGUACUGUAAAACCAAGAAAUUAUAUAAAGAAUGCUAGUAUAAAGCAUUGGAGCUCUUGAAAUGAAAUUUUAGGAUUUUUAUUUUUACUAGAUACAAUGCUAUUUCACAGUAAACAAAUUAACAGAUUUUCAGCACGCUUAUAAGGAAGGACGUUCAACAUGUAUGGACGGGACUUACACAAAUGUCUGAUUGGCUUCGAGAAAUUGAUAAAAAGAUUGUGGGAGCUGUUUUGUUAGACUUUAGUGCAGCGUUUGACAAUGUCGAUCAUAAUCUGCUGCUGGAAAAAUGUAUGUGUUAUGGCUUUACAUCCCCUGCUAUAUUGUGGAUUGAGAGUUCCCUGUCUAACAGAACACAGUGUGUUCUUUUAAUGGAAGCCCCUCCAACAUCGCUGGAUGCUACGUAUCAUUGCGCACUUAGGUUUAUUACAGGUGCUAGCUACAGAACUCACCACUGUGUUUUAUAUCAAAAUGUGGAUUGGACUUCGCUGUCUGUUUGUCUAUAAAGCACUUCCGAAUAAGCUACCUUCUUAUUUAUCAUCAAUAUUAUAAUUAUAAUUCCUAAAACCAGGUCUCAAGCAUGAAUUACACUUGAGGCCCAUGCGAUUUCCACAGAGUUGGGUAUGACUCCUUGCCUAUGGAAUAGCCUGCAGACUGUUGCCCAUUUUAAAUAUUUAUUGGAGGAUUUUUGUAUUGCUUGUAACUGUUUCGGGUAAUGCAAGUUAGGGGAAUAACCUAUAUAUAUUUUACCGUCAUUUAACUAGGCAAGUCAGUUAAGAACAAAUUAUUAUUUUCAAUGAUGGCCGAGGAACAGUGGGUGUUCAGUGGCAGAAUGACAGACCUUGUCAGCACGGGGAUUUGAAUUUGCUAGUCCAACGCUCUAACCACUAGGCUACCCUGCCUGUUUGUCUGUAAUCUGUUGGUGUAUUUUGUUUGUGUUAUCAGUGAUCGUUUUGUUUGUCUUGUGUAGUUUCUUAAUCAUUGUACCUAAACUGUAUGUGUAAACAUGUAUACGCAGGGCCCAGCUGUAAAAGAGACCUUGGCCUCAGUCUGUGUUCCUUGUUGAAAUAAAGGUAUAAUAAUACUAUCACAUAUCUACAACACAAAAUCCAUGUGUACAUAGUUCGUAUGUAAUCGUGUGUGUCUCUUCACAGUCCCCUUCUGUUCCAUGAGGUGCAUUUAUUAUUAUUCAUUUAUUUUGAUCUAAUUUUACUGCUGGCAUGAGAUACUUGAUGAGGAAUGGAGUUCCAUGUAGUCAUGGCUCUAUGUAGUACUGUGCACCACCAAUAGUCUGUUCUGGAAUUUGGGACUGUGAAGAGACUUCUGAUGGCAUGUCUUGCGGGGUAUGCAUGGGUGUCCGAGUUGUGUGCUAGUAGUUUAUAUGCAGAGACCUAAUUAAUUUGAGAACCAUCUAAGCUCAUAAAUGCAAGAUGGUAGAGAGCACGCACCUAAUGUGUUGUGAAAUCUGUUGUGAAAUGUAUUUUAAUGUUGUAAAAAUAAUGUGUCAUAAACACUAUACAAAAGAAGGCUAUAGAACGUCAGUUUUUCUCAAUCAACCAUCCACACUUCAGUCCAGUAGGUGGCGGUAAUGCAUCACAAGCCAUGCCAACCGAUACGAUUCUCCCCAGAAGAAAAAAAGGUUCGGAGCAUGCGCAGAAUGCUUUUCAUUUCGUGGCCUAGCCAGAGCGUUCAUAGAGAUAGUAUACCUCAGUGAGCCAGAGAGGUUUCAAACUUUAAUUUGGAUAGUAUUACGCACCUCAUAACAUAACUAGCUACAAACGUGAACGACCCUUCAAAAAAAGGGGGGAAAAAAGGAUACAGCUAAUUCAAUAACAUGGAUUGUGAGGACAGUGCCAGCAUGUCUCUUCCCCACCACCCUGAUCCCGAACCUACAGAGUCACUGGCUCCUGAUUGUAACAGUGGAACUCUUGCACUGCUGCUGGAAGACUGCAUUAAUCUGCUGGGGCCAAAUGCAGAGUCUAUGAAACUGGAGGAGGAUUGUGAGGACAUUUCCAGCCUGUCUUUUCCCCACCAACCUGAGCCCAAUAUGCCCCUCAAGUGGGUAACAGUACUGCUGGAAGACUGCGGGAAAUCACUGAGUCCUGGCUGUAACAGUGGAGCUCAGUGGACACUACUGCCUCUCAAGAGAGUUCGAGUACAGCUGGAGGACUGCAGAAAGAAGCUUGGGCCAAAUGCAUCUAUACAAGUUGAGGUUGUUGAUAGCAGAGGAUCAUCUCAUCCAGCCCAAGACCCUCUCCCUCACAAAGGUGUAAAGCCCAACCAACAUGUAGAGCUUGGAGAGAAUUCAUCUGCAUCAACCGAACAUGGAGAGAUCUCUGCUCCAGGAGAGCUUGGCAGGAACUCAUCUGCAACAGAUCUUAAACUAAAGGAUGCCAACAAAACAAAAAGACCUCACCACUGCUCUCAGUGUGGUAAGAGUUUCAAAACAUCAAAUGAUCUAAAAGUACAUCAGAGAAUUCACACUGGAGAGAAGCCUUACCACUGCCCUUAUUGUGGGAAGGAUUUUGCUCAGCCUGGUUAUUUUAAUGUGCACCUGCGACAGCACACUGGAGAAAAGCCUUACCAAUGCUCUGAAUGUGAUCAAUGUUUUUCACGUCCUGACAGUUUCAAAUUACACCAAAAAGUUCACAUGAAAAUUCAUACUGAAAAGAAGCCUUACUACUGCUCUGACUGUGGGAAGAAUUUCUCUCAGGCGAGUUACUUUAAGAUACACCAACGAAUUCACACUGGAGAAAAACCCUACCACUGCUCUGGCUGCGAGAAGUGCUUUACUACAUCAGCUGAAUUGAAAUUGCAUGAGCGGGUACAUUCAGGAGUUAAACCUCACCACUGUGCUGACUGUGGGAAGAGUUUUUCUGUACUUUCUCGAUUACGAAGACAUCAACUUACACAUACCGGAGAAAAACCUUUCUCCUGUCAACAGUGUGGAAAAGGUUUCCCUGAGAAAUUUAGUUUACAAACACACCAGCAAAUACAUAUCGGAGAGAAGGCUUUUAACUGCUCUGACUGUGGGAAGAGUUUUACCUUAAAACGUUACUUAACAAUUCAUCAAAGAUCACACACUGGACAGAAACCGUACAAAUGCUCUGUCUGUGGGAAGGAAUUCGCACGAGGCAGCAACUUCAUAGCACACCAGCGAGUACAUACUGGAGAGAAGCCAUACUCCUGCUCCUUUUGUGAGAAACGAUGCUAUACAUCAACUGAUCUAAAAAUUCAUCAGAGAAUGCACACAGGAGAGAAACCAUUCCCUUGCCCUGAUUGUGAAAAACGCUUCAGUGCAAAAGUUCAACUAACAGCUCAUCAGAGAGUGCACACAGGCGAGUUGCCUUACUCAUGCUGUGAAUGUGGUAGGGGCUACCCACACCUGCAAAGUUUGAAGUACCACCGGGAAAAACAACACAAAUUGAAAAUCUCACCACUGACGAAGACAACUAAGAAGAACACAAUGAAAUAACGUGCUACAUUUCUCAUUGUCAAUCCGAGCAAGACAUUGUUGAGUCAGUUGAUACUGGAAAGGGGCUUUGUAUCACAGUUAGUAGUGUGAACUGAGAUGUUCAGCAUUAGGAUCCCCUUCAUACACCAGAGAACACGCACUGGAGAAAACCCUCAAGGUGUCGUUAUGCGUUGAUUUAUUCUUUGCUAUUUAGGUGGCAGUGUACGACACAGGGCCAGUUUCCCAGAAACUAGUCCCGGAUUAAGCUAUUUCAACAGAUAUUCUCCCGUUGCGCAAGAGGUGUGUGAAGAUACUAAGGAAUAAUUUGUGCACUGAUUACAGACCAGUCAUGUGUAGCAGCAGGUUGCCCGCUAAAUCAUAUUUCAAUCGGUAAUGUAUUGAUCUUUGCUAUGUACAGCCCUGCCUCAUAUAAGCAGUUACUAACAAGCUUUUCCUCAAUCUGCGCAUAGAAUAAGAUGUUUUUUUCCUGUGUUUUAAGCAUUCAAUGAAAAGAACACCUUCCCUACAAUCAAAGAUGGGGAAGGUUUGAUAAUGCUGUGGGGUUGCUUUGCUGCCUCUGGUAUUGGGGGCCUUGAGGGUGCGCAAGGCAUCAUGAAAUCCGCAGGUUAUCAGGUGUUUUUGGAGUCCAAUGUUAAACCCAGUGUCCAAAACUGUGGUCUCCAUUGAAGGUUGAGGGUGUUCCAGCAGUACAACGACCCCAACAAAAACACACAAAGCACCCAGGAAUGGUUCAAGAAGAGAGACUGUUCUGGAGUGGCCAGCGAAGAUUCCUGAUCUGAAUCACAACCAAAACCUAUGGUGAGAGUUGAAACAGAGGUUGCUGCAGGUUACCCCUCAAACAUUGAAGAAUUAGAGCACUUUGCUACUAAAAAGUGGGCCAAACAUCCAGUUGAAAGGCGCAGCAAGCUCAUUGAUGGUUAUAAUAAGUGUUUGUCUGCAGUUAACUUUGCCAAAGGAUGUGCAACCAAGUAGCUCCAGGGUGUCGAUGCCAUUUGUCUUUUAUUUUGUCAAUUAAAAUUGUACAUUUAACAAAAUUGGUUCUGCAAUGUUGAAAAUCCAGUAAGUGGCCAAACGUUAGGGAGUUAUUUGAGUGCAGUGCAGUCAGAAAAGGGAUUUUCAUGUGUUUUAUAUAUAUUUAUAUAUAUUUCCACACUGAGGUUGGAAUAAUACUGAAAUUGUGAAAAUGAUAAUGUGAAUAGCGUAAGAGCUGUUUGAAAAGACCGCCUGAAAUUUCAACCUGAAAUUUCAACCUGUUUUAAUGGGAUGGAGUUCUAGCCUCUGGUGACAUCACCAGGCAGUAAAUGAGUUAAUAUACCAAUAAGAAAUAGUUCCAAACAUCUCUGCCAAUAACAGCUUGUUUUCAGUUUUACACUCCCCAGACCGUUCUAGCAAAAUUCUUGCUUGAGAAAUGGGUCUUUGCUACGAAGCUAUUUUUGUUUGUUUUCAUUUAAAAUGCUCACAAAUAAUCACAGUAAGGUACUUAAGUGUUAUCUAGAAAUUUAAUAUUGAGAUAAAAACAGCUGCAAGGAUGCCAAUAUAUUUGUCUGAAACUGCUGUACAAUAUUCAAAUCCUGCUUUGUGCCCUUUUGACUCCUGAAAAUGUUAGUUAUUUUGCUGCUUACUGUGCUCCCCUCCCCCCCCCAGUGAAAACAAUUUAAGAGAUUAACCAAUUGCAAUCUAAUCAAAGUAUUUGUAUACAAAUUGAUAAAACACGUUCACUUUUUAAUAAAAAAAAGUCAUUUGUAUUUUA